AUGACAGUAGCAUCCGGACCGUCGAUGCGGACCACUCUGGUAUCCUCUGACGGCCCGUCAAACCAAGUGGAGGAGGUCGUCAACCGCCUAGUGUCGGUAGUAGGUCGGCUAUCAGACCCGUCUUGCAGUAUUAAGGAAAGAGAGGGGAGAAUGGAGGAGCUCAGGGAGAUAGGAGGGAGUCCGUUGAUGCUGGAGAGCGUUUGUGUGAUAAUAUCCGAUCUCGGACGAUAUCCCCCACAAGUCGGGAUGGAGGCCCUCAAUCUUCUCAUUCGGGAAGGUGUUAUGAAACGUUGGGGUCAGUCACCUGACGCUUCCAAUGGAGGGCGUUACUUCGAAGCCUCUAAAGACGCUGUGAGGAGUACCCUCCAGGAUGCUGCUCUAGCACUGGAGAAUAGUGACAUGUCUGGUAAAGCCCCCGUUCCUAAGAAUAUAUCCAAGCCACGGCCAGUGUCCUUGCCUGAUAGCAUGAGGCCUUGCAGUGAGGCUGAGCUGGGCCGCCUCAUACUCUCCAUAUGCAGUCUCUCGGAGAGGGUCCAUGUGGCCUCCAUCACUGCGUCCCAAUCGUCGGUUUACGAGAUGCACCGUCAAACUGCGUACCUCAUCCAGCAAAUGGUCGAGAGUGCGACCAACUCCUUCUUGGUCCACCACCCUGAACACCUAGGUGCUGCUCUACAAGCCAUUAAGCUGAUGUGGAAUUACCCAUCGCCUUACCUACAGCUCUGUGCGUCGACAGCUCUGGAGCUUCUGGCCCGACGAGUAUGCUCGCGGGCUGUGGCGGGCGUCAAGAACAACAGUGGGGUUAGUGACCAACCGUGCCGCAUGGCGGUGUGGAACCAAGCGGAUACACUAGCAGAGUACUUCUAUCAUCUCUGGGUUGUAUGCCAACAAGAGCCCCAGGCGGCAUGUACUGACCUCUGUCAACAUUACCGCACGGUCGGUAUGGGUUCCAACGCCGGGGAUGUCCCCAUCAACGCGUACUGCGCUGUAUGGAAGAGGCUCUCCGAGGAAGAUGCCGAGGCCUAUGGUGAUGACGUUGAUAUGAUAGUGGGCAAGUCCAAGAGCUGCGCCUUGAUCACACUCCGUACCAUACUGUCUAUACCCGACACUGAGGUGUCCAUGCGGCAUACAACGGCCGUUAGGGUUGCUGCUACAAUCCUGGAGCGGGAUGAACUUAGUCUUAAGGAGUAUUCGGCUGCCUUGAAUCUAUUGGAGUGUCUCUUGAAGCCGUUCGUAUUGCCGAGCAAACCCAACGGUCAGACAGUCGCGGACCCCAAGGCUAAUCUGGACGAGACAGAGCUGAGGAGUCUCCUGUCUAACAUUGUGGCUAGGGCAUGCGUGACCACCUUCUCGACAACAGCUAGUUGGACUCCGGAGCACUUGAAGAGGUUUUACGACUUCAUACCAUGUGCUGUAGAGAGGUUGCCUUCCAACGUCUUGGGAGGGUUGAUAGAGAAAUGCAUGAGCGAUGGUUCGAGGCCACCGACCAUGCCCGAUGGAUCCCUUAAUGUCUCUAUGAUGACUACAGCCCAGAAUGCUGUACUGUGUACGUGCAAGAAACUGUCGGGGAUGGACCUUGAUAAGGCCCAGCUGAUCUCCUCCCUUGCCGGGGUAGGUGAGUCGCUCCCACGGUGUUCUGUCCUGUUCCUGGGCGGUGGAGGGCCUCCUCUUGUUGGGUCUCUCUCCCCUGCUGAGUCCAAGUGUAUCUACGAUGAAGUGGCUUCGACUCUCAUCAGAGUCACAGAGGAGGGCUGCCGAUUUGAGUGUAUCGCCAUCGACACUGCCGAGGACAUAGCUAGGAAGGCUAUUCGUCUCCUGUCAAUGUGCCUGAGCUGCCUCUCUGCAGCAGAGGCCGCUGAGGAAAGGGAUACUAGCAGCCCUCAAGAGAGCUCUGAGAUGGACCAGGUGCUGGUAGAGUUCGCCAACUCGAUCACUCCUCCAGUGAUGAAGUGGAUGACUCUUUUGCACAACAGAUGUUCGGGUUCCUGGUGGAUACCCCAGUCCGAGCGUAGGGCGAGUAGCGCUGCGGAAGACCAGUUGGUGGACAUGUGUCAUGACGAGUGGACCUCUAUAAUGGGCCACAAGCCGCCAUGCACUGUCGAGGCUAUGUUCCCCCUGCCUACAGCGACCCCAGCAUGCAGCGACAAAUCUCGACGGCAGCUCUACCAGUUGCGCUGUAACGUGUAUCGAACCUUAGGAGCACUGGCAAGGGUCUGGCGACGGGUACCAACGCUGAAGUGCCGCCUUAUCGAGUUGGUCGGUGCGGCAGUCAGCGCUGCUCAGUCAGGGAGGACCUCACCGAAUCACCUAGAGCUUCUUCUGCGUUACGCCUUGCAGCCCGGCCUUAAGGAUGCAUCCAGUGGUCCUCUGGUCGAGGCCUCCACUAUUCUUUACUCAAACAUCCCUUCAGCUCUUUGGAAGGUCUACGAGAAGGGUGCUCCAGAAGGCGACAAGACUUCUGGGAUCACGAGUCUGCUGUUCUACUCUGCUGUAGCUAGGUGUGGCAAGACUCUCCUGGACGGCAUCAGAGAGCUCCUCAAGCUCGCACAGGUGGACACUGGAGUCGACCUCAGGCUUGCUCCUGCCAAGCGGCCUUCCUUACCCACUGAUGGGAAGUCUCUAACUAAGCGGCAGUUGCGCAACCGAAAUCACUUUGCGGGACUGGACAUGAUAGACUCCGACGACGAGGCAGAAGAUCGGGAUGAUGGUGAUGAUGUCGUGGCCUAUUUGAACGAUCGACAAUUAAUAAAGUCCCUCUUCACAGCGCUGUCGAGUCUACUGCCCAUCCCUCAUUUGACGUUAUCUGUUCUCAGUCUUAUGAAUGCUACCACAUGUCGCUGCUGGACGGCCCUCCCUGAAUCGCUCGAGACACGGCAGAACUUCUGCCUGUCUCUAGUGGACUGUUUCCUACGCCCUGCUCUGGAGAACCUUAUAGCUUUGCCUCAGUUGGCAUACCUCGGUGGUGAUGGAGCACUCACUGACCUCCUGGGAGAUUCAGGCCGGAAGCAGACUCCUCUUCUUGAUGGUGUUGUUAAACUCACUACUACUGGGUACCUGGUCUUAGCUGAGCUCUUCCGCCGUCAAUGCGAUGUGGCUGGCUCACCAUCUACGGUGGAUGAGCUAUUCCUUUGUCCACCACUCUUCGAGGCCACGAAGAUGCUAUGCACUUUCACUCAAGAUGACGAUGGCGUCAAAGGUUGGAUUGAACUGAUCAUUGAUACGAAACAGGCGAAUAGUAUGACUCGCAAGCAGGUGGGCAGCAGCCUCAAAGGAAUGCUGAAGAAUAAGGGCAAGGCAGAAAGCAAGGUGGUGGUCGUUGGAGAGCAGGGAGGAGACAAACAACUGCUCGAUAGCGUUGCUGGCAAGUCUAGUGCUAGUAGCUGA